GAUUAUUUUACUUUCAGUAUAAUGCGUUUACCUAGACUGUUAGUAAUAAAAUACAUACCUCGAGAUGUAGGUAGUAGGUAGUACCUGUAGUGUGUAUAAGUAAAUAAGUUUUAUAUGUAAUUCUAAUUUCCUGUUGUAUAUCAUAUUUAAUGCUUUUAAUUAAAAAUGGUGUACAAUAAUAUAUUAAAAAAAAGUAAAAAUGAAAAACCAAUAUAAUAGGUCCAUAGUAUUAUUAUUAUUAUUUUUUGUAGAAAGCGUUUGGAUUUAUUGUACUUUGAGUUUGUUAUUGGUUUUCAUAAUAUUGAUUGUCGCGAUAGCCGUGAUUGGUCCAAGUAACUUAAUUGAUGUCUAUCAAGAAAUUUUCUAUGGCAGUAGAAAAAAUUGGGUAUUUUUGGUGGCCGGCUCCCACGGAUGGUCCAAUUAUAGACACCAGGUAGGUAUACUAAAGCUUCCUAUGUACCAAGGACUUUGUGUUUAUAAUUGCCAGUAUAUAUAUGUUUAGGCUGACGUAUCGCACGCAUACCAAAUUUUAUUGAACAACGGCAUUUCUGCCGAUCAUAUAAUUGUAAUGAUGGUGGACGAUAUCGCAUAUAACACUCAGUAUGUUAAUAUUUUUUAAAAAUAAUUUCAACCUUAGAUUAAAUUAGAAUCAUAACAGAUGUAUAUCAUAUGCUUUAGGUAUUAUAAUAUACACAACGUAUAGUUAUAUUAUAGUGCUUAUCGACUCGUUAAGCAUUGUCUGUCUUUCUGUAUAAUUGUAUACCCUAUAGGUAGGUAAGUUUAAAUCAUGAGAUUAAUUAAUGACCCGGAGAUGUAGGGAUUUUGUUUGGUAAAAAAGUCAGCUCUAUCUCCUGAAAAUUUAAAUGGAUUUCGCUACAAAAACGACUAUAGUGCAGUGAUUUAGUACCUAUAUAAACAUUGUGUGAAUAACAUUUAUUUAUAAGUAUAUAUCUUUUUUAUUAAUACAAUAUUUUAGCAUCAUAUAAUUUGUUGUCAUUCAAAUAUGUAGAGGUAAGUAUUAUGGGCAUAGCAGUUUCCGUCCAAGGUGUAAUUUUUUCUUUUUCUCCAAAUGAAAAUAAUUUAGUCUAAUAUUCGAAUAUAAAUGGGCAAUUAUAUAUAAUUAUUAAUUACAUAAAUAUAUACAUUUUUUAAAAAAGAGCUGAUACUGGAGAUGGGAGCGACCAUUGUUGUAAAUGAGAAGUUAGGAAGGUAGGAUACAUGUGGUUAUUUCAUUUAUAUCUGUAAGCAACGAUUUAUGGUCAAUCAUUGCUUGACGAAAGACGAUUCCGAGCGCAGAUCUGGUAAUACAUAAUUUGAAAUGCCAUAAUAUUUGUUUCGAUUUUCGUUUAAAUUUGAAUUCAAAACUUUUUUUUUAAUAUGCGUUUUGAAAAAAAAAACGUCCGAUGAUUUUGAAAAUUGUAUCACUUCUAGGUAAGUUCUAUAUAAAUAUUAUUACCAAGUUUCGAGUCUCUACGUGUAUUUAUAACCGAAUUAUAGCAAAAAACUCCCAAAAAUUAAAAUUCCUUAAAAGCUCAAAAGUGGUUCAAAAGUUUUGGUGAUGAUACCAUAAGAAAGUAAAUAAAAAUAAUGUUUCUUGAGAUUUUUCAAUUAAAUCAUUUUUUCUGGCAGAAAACGUCGUCUGUAUUUUUAUAAAAAAAUAAAAUCGUGAAAUUGUACGUUUUUUCCCACUUAAGUGAUUUUAUUUAAAUCAUGAUGUCGAAAAUAAAAUUACGUCUUUGAAAUACCAUCUAGACAACUUGAACUUUCAGAAAAGUUGCUACAUGUAAAAAUCAGAGUAAGUUGACUGACUAGAAAAAAACGUGUCCACAGACUAGAAGAUAGAAGAAAAAAAAAUAUUAGUAAAAUCUAGAGCUCCCUCGCUAUGCUCGGAAUUUAAAAUCUAGAAAUUAACUAGGAGAAACUAAAAAAAAAAGAAAACAUAAGAGUUUUUUCAAAUUAUUACACAAUGAUAUCAUUAUUUUCAAUUUAUACUGCUUAGAUUCUCUAUCAUAAAUAUUGUUCUAAUAGAAAAACAACAAGAGAAAUGUUUUGUUUAAUUUUUAAUCUUGUUCAUCUGAAAGUAAUUUAAUUUUUGAUUUUAAAAACAUGUAUAACUGAACUCAGCUCAGAGUCGUUUUAGUUUGCUAUGGUUUUUCGGUGUUUACAGAUAAUAACUUUGUAAAUCUUAUUUUAUCAACUUUCCAUCAGCAGAAUCAGUUUUUUUUUUUUAAACUACUUAUUGAUAGGCAUAUAGUUUUUAAAAGCAUUAGUUAAGAAGUUUGUAAUUAGGUUGUAUAAUAAAUUUAAAGUCAGAAUGAUACGAGUUGUACCCACAUUUUAUCUAAAGUGCUUUUAAUUUCUCUAUGUUUGCCUAACGGCAAGACUAGUAUUAUACCACAAUAUAAUGUUCAAUUAAAAUUUUAAAAUUGGGUAUUUAAUUUAUAAGUUUUUUUUGAUAUCAAAAAAUGUGUUAAUUUUAGAACAUGAAAUAAAGUACCUAUUAUUUUAUGUACAGAAAUCCGUUUCCAGGAGAAUUGUUUAAUAAGCCAAACGGUACAGAUGUUUACCAGGGGAUAAAAAUCGACUACAGUGGCGAAGUAAGAUAGAAAAACUAAAAAAUUUAAAAUAAGUUCACUAUAAGAUAUUAUAUGAAUGUAACUAAAUAGGUAACCAUUUUUUGUUCAAUAAUUAUAUUAUACUUAAAUUAAUAAAUAUAUAUGUAUACCUAUACAUAUAUAUUAAUAACUAAUAAUCUAAUGAUCUAAUCUAUCAGUUAUUUUAACAUCCUAUGUAUAGAUACACAUUAAUAUUAUAGUAUGUUGCAUUGUAAAAUAUUGUUUAAAUUUCAAAGGAUGUCACUAAAGAAAAUUUUUUGAACAUAUUACAAGGAAAUAAGGAAUCUAUGAAAACCGUGGGCUCACAUCGUGUAAUCGAAAGGUAAUACAAGCUUAUUGAUAAUAGGGUCUCUAGUUAGUAGCACCAGGAGUCCUCGCGGACAGUAAACUACAUGACCCUCAAACAGGACACUGCAUGUAGUUCCUGGAUUCCAAUUCUAUAGCUAAGAAUUUAGCUAUAGAAUCCCAAUAAUAUAACGAAUGGAAUAUCGUCAGAAAUUAAAUAGAGUCCAGUAAUUGUAAUUUCCUACGUUAGACAGUUAGCCUACGUUAACAGAAUAUAAGUCCUCUUUACAGUCCAUUUAGCUAUCCCUCCUGGGACUUUUGAAAAGUUUACUAAGAAUAAGGAUGAGAUAACCGAAAUUAGUCUAUUUACAUAUUUUUUCACCCUAUGAAUAUUCAGCGAGAAACUUCCGAAUGGGUUUCCUUGUGACAUGCAUUCAAACACUGUAAGGAUAAUACAAGGUGUCCGUGGGGAGUCUACACCGCUCAGAUCAGACUGCUUAUACUAAUUUCCGGUAGUCAAAUUGAAAAAAUAAAAUGAUGCAGUGACUAUACGACUUAAAUAAAAAAAUAGCUUCCCUUGAUAUUGAAUAUUGAUAUUAUUAUAUAUAUUAUAUUGAUAUUAUUGAAUUCGACGUAAACCGUGAGAAACUUCGCCUUCUACACUCUCUCCUUAUAACAACUUUUAAACAUAAUCCGGUAAUUAAUAAUUUUAAAAAAAGAACCAAAUUAGGCUGUUUUUGCUAAUAUGUCUAUAGGUACAAUUAUUUUAGAUUCCACCAUAAUAGAUUAACACUAUAAAGCGUGUUUUUUUAUUAUGGAUUCUGAUAGAAAAUAAAUAUUCUCUAGUUGAGGUAAUUAAGAAAUCAUUGUUGUGUUUUUAUUAAUGGUAAAAAACCGAAAAAAACGUCAGGAAUAAUAUAAUAUUUAUAGAAUAACGAUUUCUGUUCGAUUUUGUUUUGUUUAAAUAGUCGAGUUUUUUUAAGUUUUUUAUUAUUUCAGUCUUGCAAAAAUGUUCGAAAAUUGAAUAUAAGUUUUAACAAAAAAAUUUGAAUGUAAUAUAAGUAGUCAUUUUUUUAUAAGCGUUUAAAUUAAAUUUUAAUGAAAAUACAAAAAUAUGUACCAUCUCGUGCAUUCCACUUUAAAAUACAUAUUGAGGUACGGAGUCUCCCUGUGUCCCUCCCACUUCAAACACUGGUUAUUACGCACUAGACCACUAGUAAUAUGUUUAGGUAUAAGGUACGUAGUUAGAUAUUUUAGAAACUACUGGAAAUAUUUGCCAGUAAAAUAUAGAAUUAUAAUUCUAUAAUUUGAAAUAAAUAAAAUAAUUUUAUAUAAUUUUUUAAUGUAGUGACCGCAGUGAUAAUAUUUUCGUUAACUUCGUUGGGCAUGGUACGUCCGGAAUGUUAAGUUUUCCUAGUGGACAUCUAUAUGCUGACGAACUGAACAAUGCAUUUUUAUCCAUGUAUUCAAACCGUACAUUCAAUAACGUAUGAUUUUAUAAUAAUAUUAUAUUCCCUGUACUAGUAAAAAAAAAAAAACUAGUUUAUUUUAAUUGUACUUUUAAAUUUUUAGAUGCUUUUGUACAUAGAAGCGUGUAAUUCGGGAUCCUUAUUUGACGGCAUAUUGAGUGAAUUCAACAAUAGUAAGUUUCAAUCCAUAGUAGUUAAUAAUAAUUUAUAAUAUAAUAAAAUGAUUAUUCAUAAUUAUUACCGGGUUUAAUUAAAUUAGGAUGUUUUAUAAAAAAAUAUUCUCUACAUACUAGGUAGUAAUAUAAAUUACAAAUGUAUUGUAUUUAUUUAAAUAACUGUCCAAGUAAAAUGGAUAGGCCAAUCGUGUUGGGCCAAAAUAUAUUUAGACUAGACGAUUUAGCUCGUCCAGAUGACUACAAACCCCAUUUUUUGUUUACAGUUUACAAAUUAUUUUUUAAUGGAAUAUAAUACAUUUUAUUUUUGUAUCUAUAUUACUUUAGUAUUCGCAUUAACAGCAGCCAGUCCUAGGGAAAGUUCUUAUGGAGUAUAUUUGAUCGAAUUUACAGCAACCAAGACUCUAACAUUUUUGGGAGACGAAUUUAGUGUCUCGUGGAUGGAAGAUCAAGCUAAUGUAAUUUUAAUUAAAUUUCUAAUAAAACAUUGGUAUCAAUAAAUGUAAUUUUAAUAUUAAUAUGCACUUACUUGCAUUGAUUUUACGAAGUUUGGUUUGUUAUAUCCGUCUCAAGUUAAAGAAAUCGUUAAAAAAAGAACAGUUUUAAAUCAUUUCAACACGAUUAGAGCUUUAGUUAAACAGAGCAACGUGAUGCCGUAUGGAGAUUUUAGUGUUGGUCAGGAUAAAUUAUCAUCGUACAUCGGUAAACCGCCUGAAGUCUUUUCAAAACCCAGUAAUAGUAGCCAAUAUUCAUAUUCUUCAAAAAAUAAAGUAGGUUUACAUAAAUAAGACAUAGAUUUAUUAUAUCAUCAAAUUAAAAUUUUAAGUAGAAAUAGUAACUGGGUAUGGUACGUGUAUUUUAUUUUAACAGAUUAGAGUUUUUUCCGAUUCCAUAAUUUCAGCAAAAUCGGAUAAAAUAUAUCAAAUGAGCGAGGAAAAAAAUAGCGAACAAUGGAAACAACGCGUAGAACACAAUAAUAUCGUAUGUUAUUACAUUAAUGAUAUAUUGAUAUAAAUCGCUAACUAUAGGCUUGUAAAAAAUACUUAAAUCAAUUGUACGUAACAAUUAUUAUUUAGAUGAGAAAAAUUAUGGAUCGAGUAUUUAAUGGCAUUCUUCAAGGUGUAGUAAGAAAAUUCCCAAACUUUAAUAAUAUCAAUUUAACGGAACUCCGUGAAUAUCCUAGUCGUUUACCAUUGGACGUGUUUCCGUGUUACAGGCAAACGUUGGAUCAAAUCACUAAAAAUUGUUUUUCAUUACCAAAGGUAAAAAACGUUUUCAUAUUGAAAAAAAUAAUAUCAUUCGAUUUGAUUUACUUUAAGAAAAUUUAAAUACAAUAUACUAGGUGGUCCAUUUAAGUGGGUACACUUAUUAUCUCGGAAAGUAUUAACUUUUUUCGGAAUUUAUUUUCUAGAGCAUUUACGAAACAAGCUGUUACUCUCCUCCAGCCUAAAAUUAAAAGUGGUAUAUCUCGUCAACGGCUUGGCAAAAUAAAAAAAUUCAACACUUAAAUUUAUUUUAACUAAUAUUCAAUCUAUUUAUAGACUUUUUAAUAUAGAUUGCUAUUUGAAAAUCAAAAUUAGGUAGUUGUUUUACCCCAAAAAUAAAGGUGACAAAAAAUAACACAAAUAUAAAAUUGUGGAGCAGCUUGUUUCUUAAAUGGUCUAGAAAAUAAAUUCCGGAAAAAGUUAAUACUUCCCGAGAUAAUGAGUGUACCCAUUUAAAUGAAUCACCUGGUACAUAACUAGGCAUUUAACCUUUUCCAUUUUGCAUUCAAUAAUAUUAUGCCUAUAUAGGUAAGUACCUAAUUAUUUUGUUUAAAAUGUUUAGAAUACAUACUCGCUUAAAUUAGUGCAUAUAUUUUUCAACCUAUGCGCAAGAGCUAUAAACAGCAAGACGUGGAAGUCUGAAGAAUUUGAUUUUGUGAUUCAAAAUACGGUGCUUGAUGUUUGUAUAGGGAAUUUGUCAACGUUUCCAAAUUUAAAAAAAAUUAUUGAUACUUAUUGAAAUUUUGAUAAUAAUUAUUAUAGUUUAAAAUGAUUAUCUAUUGUCUUUUGGUAAUUAUAUGCUUAGGCACAAUGUACUUGAAGUGCAUAAUAUUUUAAUAAGUAUAUGUUGUUUUUCACAAAAUAGAAGAACUGGUAAAAAAAAAAACAAAACAAAAAUAAUUAUGUUUUGAGUUAAAUGUAUAAUUAGCCAAAUAAGAAAUAACCUACCUUCUUAAUUUUUUUUUUUAAAUUUCCAUAAAUAAUAUUUCUGUUUUAAAUUUCUUUUUACAUAUAUCUCAAUUUUUAAUGCACCUAAAUUUUAGGGAUUUUAUCUAAGACUUUGGCAAUUUAGUGACUAUUUAGAGUAAGAAGUACUCUAUCCUAGACAUUCAUGUCUUGAGUAUUUUACUCAAAUAGAAAAAUAAUUGUAUACAAAUCAUUCAUUACUUACACUUAAUAAUAUUAUUUCAUAAGGCAGUACAUUAAUAUUAAGAUCUUGUUUUAUGAAAAAAAAGAAUACAUGUGUAAUAACUAAUAAAAUAUUGUAAUCAUUAAAUAAUUUUAAAUAUUCAUUGUAUAAAUAUAAAUCCGUUUAUACUGUGGCG